CUUUACUCUACUGAUUAAAAUAACAGAGAAGCUGUGAAGGGUGAGACAAGCCAUGUCUUCUUCUUCAACUCCCUAAGUCUCAUCUCUCCCUUUUCUCUCUCUUCACUUUUUUUUUUCACCCCUAAAUUCAUUUUCACUAUCUCCAAUUCUUAUUCUCUUUUUUUUUUUUUCAUUUCAGCUCAAAUCGAAUAAAUUUCUCCUUAUUUCUGGGUAUAUAUUCCUUUGUUCAAAGCCUUUUGCUUUUUUUUUUUGUUUUAACUUUCCGAAGAGAUGAUGAAUCCGAGUCAAGGAAGAGGACUCGGAUCGGGUGGUGGAUCGAGUUCGGGAAGAAAACAAGGAGGUGAAGCUGUGGUGGAGAUGUUUCCGUCGGGACUUAGAGUACUUGUGGUUGACGAUGACCCAACUUGUCUUAUGAUCUUAGAGAGGAUGCUCAGAACUUGUCUCUAUGAAGUAACGAAAUGCAACAGAGCAGAGCUGGCAUUGUCUCUGCUCCGGAAAAACAAACAUGGAUUCGAUAUUGUAAUCAGCGAUGUUCACAUGCCUGACAUGGACGGUUUCAAGCUUCUUGAACACGUUGGUCUCGAAAUGGACUUACCUGUCAUCAUGAUGUCUGCGGAUGAUUCAAAGAGUGUGGUUCUAAAAGGAGUAACGCACGGUGCAGUUGAUUACCUCAUCAAACCUGUACGCAUGGAGGCACUUAAGAACAUAUGGCAGCACGUUGUUCGUAAGAGGAGGAGCGAGUGGAGCGUACCGGAACAUUCUGGUAGCGUUGAGGAGACCGGACAGCAGCAGCAGCAACAACAGAGAGGUCCAGCUGUUUCUGGUGGAGGAGAUGAUGGAGUAGAUGAUAACGCUUCCUCUGUCAACGAAGGGAAUAACUGGAGGAGCAGUAGCAACAACUCACGGAAACGGAAAGAAGAGGAAGGAGAUGAGCAAGGGGACGAUGAUGCUUCUAAUCUGAAGAAACCACGUGUUGUCUGGUCUGUUGAGUUGCAUCAGCAGUUUGUUGCUGCUGUUAAUCAGCUUGGUGUUGAAAAGGCGGUUCCUAAGAAGAUCUUAGAGCUCAUGAAUGUUCCUGGACUAACUCGUGAGAACGUAGCCAGUCACCUCCAGAAAUAUAGGAUAUAUCUAAGACGGCUUGGAGGAGUGUCACAGCACCAAGGAAACUUAAACAACUCGUUUAUGACGGGUCAGGACGCGAGCUUUGGUCCUCUUUCUUCAUUGAACGGUUUCGAUCUUCAAGCGUUAGCAGUCGCAGGUCAGCUUCCUGCACAGAGCCUUGCACAGCUUCAAGCCGCUGGUUUAGGCCGGCCUGCUGCGAUGAUCUCCAAGUCAGGACUACCUGUUUCCUCCAUGGUGGACGAGAGAAGCAUCUUCAGCUUCGACAACUCUAAACCAAGAUUCGGAGAUGGGAUUGGUCAUCAUCACGGGCAACAACAACAAACACAACAACCGCAGAUGAACUUACUUCACGGUGUCCCCACGGGUAUGGAACCGAGGCAGCUUGCGGGUUUACAACAGCUUCCUGUUGGUAAUAGAAUGAGUAUUCAGCAACAGAUUGCUGCUGUUAGAGCUGGACAUAACGUUCAAAACAGCGGUAUGAUGAUGUCUCUAGCUGGUCAGCAGCAGGUGCCAUUCCCCCGAGGAGGGCCACAGUCAUCUAUCAGGCAGCCGAUGUUACCAAACCGUAUAACUGAGAGAAGUGGUUUCUCUGGAAGGAGCAGUGUCCCUGAGAGCAGCAGAGUGUUACCUACAAAUUACACCAACCUCGCAACACAACACUCAUCAAGUGCGGUAGCCUUCAAUAACUUCCAACAAGAACUCCCUGUGAACAGCUUCCCGCUCCCAAGUGCACCAGGCUUAUCAGUUCCUCCAGCUCAGGUUCGAAAACCACAUUCCUCUUCUUCUUAUCAAGAAGAGGUUAACAGCUCGGAAGCAGGUUUCACUACCCCAAGCUACGACAUGUUCUCCAACAGACAGAACGAUUGGGAUCUACGGAGUAUCGCCUUUGAAGCUCAUCAGGACGCAGAAUCAGUAGCCUUCUCCAACUCAGAAGCCUUCUCUUCUUCUUCCAUGUCAAGAACCAACAACAACACAACGGUUGCAGCCACAGAUCUUGGCCGGAACCAGCAGCAAACACUGCCAAGCAUGGUCCCACAUCAUCAGGUUUAUGGUAACGGUCCUAACGGAGGCGGUGGCAGCAGUUCAGUGAGGGUGAAAUCAGAGAGAGAUACAGCAGCAAUGGCGUUCCACGAGCAAUAUAGUAAUCAAGAAGAUCUUAUGAGUGCACUUCUUAAGCAGGAAGGAGUUGCACCGGUUGAUACCGAGUUCGACUUUGACGCAGCAUAUUCGAUCGAUGAUAUCCCCGGUUUAAUUGGAUUAAAAGCUGAUUAAACCAAAGAUGGGACUUAUCUGGGAUUUGUAAUGUAUCAUUAUUACACGACCAUCUUUGCUAAUAUAAUCUGCUUGGAAAUUUUAGAGGCGGAUUAUAUUUGUUUGUAUUAUUGAUAUAUUUUUUUUAAAUGUUAGGAGUUAAUAUGUUUACUCUCAUUAAUGCAUAGGAAAACGCCUUUGAAUGAUUUUUAUUUGUAACGCUCUCAAAAUUGGAAUUCAUUAAGAUAAUGAAUACAUAUUACAUUAGUGGCAACCAAACAGAUAAAAAGCUUUUAACACACUCAUACAUAUAUUAUAUAAUUUCUAGUUAAAAUUAAUUAAACAAUCUAACGUCACUCCAAAAAGAAACGAAGAAGAAGCCUUUAGUUCUUCAUCGUUUUUAAGCAUAAACAGAGCCGCAAGAGAGAGCCAUGAGAAGCACGGCGGCUCUCUCUUCCUCGCCGAGUUUCCUCCAUAGUCUCUUCUUCUCAACCGAUGAUCUCUUCAUCACCGGAACUUUAAACCCUAAAUCCAAAAAUCCACUCACUCCUUUGCUACUACUACUACUACUUGUAGUAGUCUUGCUGCUGUGAUCACCAUCUUUGUUGAUCUUCUUCUUGGGAUGGUGAUCAAGGCUUAGCUCAUUGUUACUGCUUAUGUUUUUCUUCUUCUCCACUGGUUUGAUUCCAAGUGCUGC